AUGACCAUCACGAAAUCUUCCGAGCCGGCUCCCAGUGGGACCCUCAGGGAGCGUUCCCUCGCUGUCGCCGCGCAAGUUGAGGAACAACAGACCUGGCUGGAGAGGAAACUCAAACCUAAGAAGGUCUCGGCCAGGUAUCCCUUCAAAGGCACACCUUUACUAUAUGCAACAUGUGCCUUUGGCAGCUUGGGAGAUGCUCUUUUCGGUUAUAACUCUGGUAUCAUGUCCGGCCUGCUGGUCAACGAGGUUUUUAUAGCUCGCUUCUUCAAAAACUAUGGAGGGGCCGAUGGGACGACAAGUGGGGUCGAUCCCUCGAUUACAGGCAUAUCGGUUGCAUGUUUGCAAGCAGCAGCGGCGGUAGGAGCACUCAUAGCAGGUCGUCUCGGUGACAUAAUUGGCCGAAAGAAAUGUGUCCGCCUCGGCGCUUUCAUCUACUUCUUCAGCUCGUUUAUCCAGAUGUUUGCACCUGGUUUUGGAGCCUUCAUUGCAGGCCGCACCAUCCAAGGACUGGGCGUGGGCUUUCUCUCCAUGACUGUGCCUAUCAUUCAAACAGAGAUUGCUGCCCCUCAUCGUCGAGGUUUGAUGGUCGGUAUAGAGUAUACCUGUUUGAUCGCCGGAUAUAUGAUUUCUUGCUGGGUAGACUAUGGAUUUAACUUCUUGCUGCCACAUCAUAUUUCAUGGCAGGGGCCCUUUAUCAUCCAGAUUGUGUUCUCUUUUGUCUUGUUUGGCAUGUCCUUCUUCCUACCAGAAACCCCUCGGUGGUUGGCGUUGAAUGGUUUCGUGGAUGAAAGCUUGCAAACGAUUGCAGAUCUACACUCUGAUGGUAAUACGGAAGCGGAGCAUGUUCAGCGGACGUUCCUUGAAAUUCAAGAAGCGGUUAUCUAUGAGAACAACCUUGGGAAGUCCAGUUGGAAGGAAAUGUUCACCCGAUAUCGUAAACGAACCAUUGUUGGAAUCACGGUGCAGAUGUUCGCACAGAUCAACGGAAUCAACAUCAUCUCCUUCUACCUCCCGAGCACCCUCUCCUCCGCUGGCUAUGAUAAUCGCAAAUCUCUGCUCUUCACUGCCGCGAAUGCUCUUCCCUACACCGCUGCCACAGUUGUUACCUGGUGGUUGGCAGAUAGGUGGGGCCGAAAGCCUUUGCUCAUUCUUGGAGGUCUCGGUAUGGCCGUACUACUGGCCAUUGUCUGCGUCUUCACCGAAAUUAACGUGGAUGUCCAAGUCAAAGCGAACGGCCAGUAUGCUUUCGUUAUGCUUUACAAUAUCAUCUACGGAUUCACCUGGGGUCCAAUGCCAUGGCUUCUUCCUGCAGAGAUCUUCCCACUCCGGGGCCGGAGUAAAGGCAUGGCCUUGGCCACGACUAGCAACUGGAUCUUCAACUUCAUCAUUGGGAUGGUCUCUCCCGACGCUUUCUCUGGUAUCCACGGUUAUUUCUACCUGGUGAUCGCAGGAUUUUGUCUCAGUUCGGCCAUCCUCGUUCACUUUUACUAUGUCGAGACAGCACAUCAUUCUCUAGAGGAGAUUGCUGUUGCAUUCGGUGACAAGGCGUUUGCAGAUUCUGAUGAGGUGAUGGAAAUGGCUGAUGCGAAGAGUGAGCAGGUGGAAUACUCGGCGUGA